UGUUGCCUGGAGAGGACCAGCCUGUGGCGGGUGUAAUAUUCUGGUUGGUCGGUUUGGGUCAGAGUGGGCGUGGAAGGGGGCGUGGUUAAGGAUGUUGUGAUCUCACAAUCAGCUGUUUUGUACGUUCUACAUUCUGAUCCGAGGAUCAGCUGGAGGCAGCAAUAAACAGACGAAAAUCUGCAGCAGAGGAAAAAAAAAAAAAGGGGAGCGAAGGGAAAAGCUGCAGAUGUUAUGAUCUAAAAACAGCCGUGUAACAUAUUUACACGAAGCCCUUCUUCUAAGAAGAAAGCCUAUUAUUUUUGUAUAAUGGUGUUUUAACUACCUCACAUAAAGGCUAUCUAAAGCUAUGCUUUAAGAGUUGUCGUUUCUACUGUGUGUGAGAUCUCGUUUACAACUUGAAUAUUACUUCAAAGGCAGGCCUUUGUUCCAAACCAAGUGAAACCUUAUAUUGCACUACAGAAGCCUGUUCAAUCCUGUUUGUCAAACUCAACAUCAAGAAAGGAGCUUCAAGUGGAGUAGAAAACUCAGAAAAACCAGGCAACCGAACAGCAUAGAAUUACAACUUUUUUUCAAAUCACAAAGGCAGCUAUAGCUUUUUGUUCGUGGUUGACUGAAAUUACUACGGCAAUCAACACUCGAUAAAACAAGCAGCAAUGUUUCAGCGUCUUAGCAACCUGUUGUUUGGAGAGGUGGAAGAAGUGGCAGCUGAGCUGAAGGGACCCAAUCCAUGUGUGACAGAGGCCGACGAAGAGGGAUGGAUGAUGGUCAACCUAGCAGAAGAGCCUGAUUGCAUGAGGCGGGAGGAGGAUGAGACGGGGUCUCCACUUAAUGCACAAUCAUUCCCUGACAGUAACCUAUCUGAUCCCCAAAAUACACACUCAAGGACUGAAUGUCAAGACCUCGUUCCCCACCCACCACGCAAGCGUCGCAGAACACAAAAAAAUCGGGCCCGGGGUGCAGUCCCACCAUCGGACCCCUUGUCUUGCCCAAGUAUUAGCCCAACAAAUCUGGGCGCCACAGCACCUGUAAGCCUGCCAAGACGGGCCAGACUGUCCACGCCCUCCUCCACACCGUCAGUGUCCCCAGGCUCUGGGAGUGAGUGUGGGGGCAGCGGGGGUACCAGUGGGGCAGGCUCAGAGAGAGGUUGCAUGGAUGAGAGCUGGUUUGUCACCCCUCCCCCCUGUUUCACUGCAGAGGGAGCCACAGCGGAGGCCAGCCCGAUGGAAGACCUGCUCAUAGAGCACCCCAGCAUGUCUGUUUACGUCUCGUCAAACAACCUGUCCAUGCUCUCUAACAGCAAUCUGUCUAUGGUUGGAGAGGAAAAUAUCAACUUGGCAAGCAGUGUGAGCCGAGUGGCUGAACAGGCCUCUCCCCCGGCUCCACGCAGCACUAUGCCCACCAGGGUGAGCCGUGGAGCAGCCGCCCAGGCCGGGCCUCUGGCCAAGGUCACCCAAGUGGCCAGGGUCCAACGCUGCAAAGCUCGCAUGGAGCGGCGCCAUCUGAGCCGCAAUCACAUCCAACGUCAAAACCGCACGAGGGAGCAGGUCCCUCGCCACGCAGCACACGCCAGGAACACCUACCUUCACCAGCCCAGCAAGCGUAACUUCUGCCACUAAACUCUCCAGAAAAAGCAUGGGGCUUUGUUUACUGCGAGGGCAUUAGUAUGCGAAGUAACUCAAGAAUCACAUUAUUAGACAAGUUCAUCAACAUCACAUUUGCUUUCAUUUCCACGUAUUAUGUCAUAUUUCACCCAGAUACCAGUAGAUCAGCAGGUUUUUGUUUAACCUGACUCCUUCAGGUAGUUUAAACCCAUUUGCCGUUAUCAACCAGGUGCUUAUCGUAGACCUUUAUCAUAUCCUCCUUGUUGUUCCUUACUUUAACCAAAAAAACUAACUAACUAAAAAAAAAAAGGCUUCAUGAUAUGUCUUCAGUUUAUAAAUGGUAAUUAUAAUACCUGAAAAACCACAAAAAGUUAAAUGAUUGUUUUAUUUUUUUGCUUCUAAAGCUGUGUUUUUUCUUCUUUCAAAGUCAUUCAUUGUAGCUCCUGUGUAAAUUUUGGAGAGUGAAGGCUAUUCUGGUAGAGACAAUGCAAAACAGAGACAAAAUCAGCCUUAGUAUCAGUUUACAUUAAAAAAAAAACAGCUCAAUGUGUCUUUAAAGCUUUACAUUCAUGGUUGUUUUAUUUAAAUUAUUUUUACUCAGAAGAUGACAUAGAAUAUACCGUGAGUGGCAAGGGUGAAAAGGAGUUCACACAUUUGUUUCUGUUCAGUUUGGUCUGUCAUCACUGAAAGUGGGAGGAAAUGUGAGACAGAUGAAUCAAAAUGUUGUGAGUUUCCCCUCCCCUGUGAGAAGGAAAAGAGCAAGUAGAAGAUGGAGAGAGAAUGUGCAAAACAGACUAAAGAGUAAAGAAAUGAUAUGAUUAAUUAGGACAGGGCAGUAUGAUAAGGAGGGAAUAAUGAGGCGUGUAAUGUAGCCUGCUGAUCAGCCCUUCCUUGCAUGGGCCACAAUAACAUUUUAGCCCACAAAGGAGGAUCAUGCAUUAAGUGCAGUUUGAAGGGCUUGUCUUUAGGUUACAAGGCAUGGUGGGUCACAGGAAGUACAAAGCGGUGUGGAUGGCAACUCUUUAAUUUGUUUUGUUGCACUGAUUUCUUUUGUCUCUGAGUAUAUGUCUCUUUUUUGCAAAGUUCCACUCAAAGAGGUCUGAUGCUAUCCAUGGGGUCAACGAAAACCUUUAUAGGAGCAGACCGUUUAGAGAAAGGGGAGGAAAUGCCUUCUUAAUGCUUCACAACAAGCAUCCUCUCCCAUAUGAACACAUCUAACAACAUCAUCUUGCUCAUGGACAUGUGAACCAUUGCUCACAUCUCUGACCAUCGAUCUCUUCGUUGUCCAAACAUCCAGUUCUAGCAGAGUCCACUUUAAAGAUUUAUCUAACUGAUAUGUAUUCAACAACAAUAGUAAACAAUGGUGCUGAAGUGUAUACUAAUGUUUGUAAAUUAUUUGGGACAUGGAUGUAAGUUUGCACUGUCAUAUAUUUUGUGGGUCAAAGUUUUAGCAGUGUGCUGUGUGCUUGUUUUGGGGGUUUUCUUUUGUGUUCUUUUUUUCUUUUUCUUUUGAUCUGACUGUGUGAGAAGGCAUACUGCCACGUCAAAUGGUAGAAAUUCUCUGUUUGAAAAAAAAAAAGCAUCAAUGUUGGUCUUUUUUUCCUCCUGUAAAUAUUACAAAACCAUUUCCAAUGCUCUGUUAGAUGUCAAAGCCUCUCAGGACUUGUGUCCACAGAAUGGUGUCCAAUUGGACAGAUGAAAAAAUCCGCUGUCCGGCGAGCCUGUACGCUCUUUAUCAAACCAGAAGGGCAUCUGAAUGGCCAAAAGUGAUGUCUUUACCCCAAUGUCCAUCAUGCCAUACUGAGAUACACCAUCUACACCAUAAGAACAGCACUAGACUCGAGGUUGACGUGCCAUAGGCAAACAUUGCCCUCCAGAGGGUCCACUUAGCACAGCGCCUGCAGCAUGAAUGCCAGAGAAAUCCCAGUACCAUGAUUUCAACACCUAGUGUGUUCAGAAAAUGAGUCUCUGGAUUAAUUUCUGCUUGAUUGUCGUUGGGAUUGAUUUGAUCGCCGGAAUGAGUGAGAUUAAUUUAUUUCAAUGAGAUUUCUGGGAUGAAUUCAUUUAGUUUGAUCAGUUUUUAUUUUUCUAUCAGUAAUCUCAUGAAUAGAUAUGCUCAUUGAAAAAAUGCUAAUUUAUUACACGAUUAUGAAUAUUAUCUCUUUUUUUGUUGAAAGAUUAUUAUGAUUUAUCUAGUUUAAUCGUUAAGUGCAGAUGUGUGACUGAGGUGUGACACGUGAACAUUAAGCCUCCACACUUCUCUGGAAUUCAUUAAAGCUGCGCCUGAGAGGUAAAAGUUAGUUUGUGCGUCAGAAAAUAGUGUGUGAAGAGUGAGGAUAGAGUAUUAAAAACAGAUUAAAAGUGGAUGUGCAUGCAUGCAGAAUCACCACACAUACCUCUGCUGCUGACCACUUGCCCCCCCCCCCAACCCCACCCCCA